AAAAAAAAUGUUGGAAAGUAUUUUUGGCAAAAGCAAAAAAUCUCGUAACCAUCAAAAAUCCAAUAAUGAUGAUUCGCCUAAUGAAGAUAAUAGCUAUGUGUUUGUUGGUAAUAAUAAUAACAAUAAUAACGAUCCUAAUCGACCACCUUAUCCACAAACAUUGAUGCUCAAUGAUGAGCUCAUAAGAAUGGGUUCAUCAUCGAAUUCAAUGUAUCCUAGUUUGGAUCCAUCAUCGAUGCCAUAUUCAAGUGGUUCGAAAAAUCAUUUAAAUGUUAAACAACAUGCAACAUGCCGUACUUGUUCACCGAUUGAUAAUAUACCAUUUUCAAUCAAUGCCAAUAAUAAUGGUAAUAAUGGUGAUUCAUUUGAUGAUGAUGAACUGGAAAUCUUGAAUAUAUUGAAUCGUGUGGAAAAUUUUAUGCAAACAUCAAAAUAUGAAUUUAAUUUGGAAAAUUCAAUUUUACGUGAAUCAAUAUGAUCCUUGAUUAUUAUACAAUAAGAAUCGUUAAAUAAUGUGAAAAACAACCGAAAAAAAACCAACCUUUGCCAUUAUCUAAAAUGUUAUGUAAUUCAAUUUGUAUCGAAUAAUAAUAAUAAUAAUUCCUCUGUCUAUGAA